AUGUCCCAGUCAACAGCCGCCUCAAACGGGUCCGACCUCCUGCCCAUCAGCUUCGUUGGGACCACCAUGUGCGCGGUGCAGAACAACACUGACGGGAAAUUCCGCAUCUACUUUCAAAACAAGGACUACCAGAUCUAUGAAAUGUCGAUGAACGACCCAAAGAGCACGGAACAUACCCUGCUCAAACUCACCAACGACCACAUGCCCGCUGCCCGUAUCAACACGCCCAUCGCAGCCGUGGCGUGUAACAACUUGCAAGAGAUCCGCGUCUUUUACAUCACUGUGAACAGUCGCGUGCAGGAGAUGUGCUACUCCCAGCGCCAUGGCUGGCAGAAAGGCUCGACCAUUGGCACCGCUGUUGAGAACAGCGCCUGCUUGUAUGCGGAAGGCCGAAUCGUUCACAAUGAGGUCAUGCUCAGGGUCGGGUUUCAGUGUGCAGAUCGUCCCCAGACUAUCACAGAAGCCUACACUAUGAAAGACGAGUGGAAGACUCGUGUUCUCUAA